AUCUCCGUCCUUGGGGAGAGGCCUUGUAUAAAUAUACCGUCGAGCCCGGGUAGACGGCGGUGUGCUCCCCGGCUUUGAUCUCCCUUCUCCCCACGCUGUAGCUGCACUCUCUGCACCGUAGUACUCGCGAGAGCCGCCCUCUUCCAGCUCGCCUUCGUCAGCUUUCCCAGCACCGUAGUCAUCAUGGCUGCCCACGACGGCACGCACAGCAACGACACUUCGAUGACACCCAGUGUCCACGAUGCUCCUGAAGUCGUAGUCGCUUCCGGCAAGGGCUCUGCCCUCGAGAAGACCGAUGUCGACUUCGAGCGUGUCGAGGCAGCAGGCUUUGACGAGGCCGCGACCAAGAAGCUGCUCCGCAAGAUCGAUUGGACCCUCGUCCCUUUUCUCGCCUUCCUCUACCUGCUCUCCUUCCUGGACAGAACCAACAUUGGCAAUGCUCGCCUCGCCGGCCUCGAGCUUGAUCUCGGCAUGGACCCAAACUCCUUGCAAUAUAACACGGCAUUGGCGGUGUUCUUCUUCACCUAUGUCGCCGCGGAAAUCCCAAGCAACAUGAUGAUGAAGCGAUUCAGGCCCUCGGUCUGGAUCCCGAUCAUCAUGGUCGCAUGGGGUGUUUGCUGCACAGCGAUGGGCUUUGUCCAGAACUUUGGCGGCCUCGUUGGUGCUCGUCUCGCGCUCGGCCUUGCUGAGGGUGGCCUGUUCCCAGGAAUCACGUACUACAUCACCCUCUGGUACAGACGCCACGAGUGCGGCUUGCGCAUGGCCAUCUUCUUCUCCGCCGCCACCGCUGCUGGAGCCUUUGGUGGUCUGCUGGCUCGCGGUAUUGUCGAGAUGAAGGGCCUCGCGGGUCACUCUGGCUGGGCAUGGAUCUUCAUUCUCGAGGGUAUCCUGACGAUUGUUGUUGCCUUCAUUGCUUUCUUCGUGAUGUACGACUACCCAGACACGGCCAAGUUCCUGACCGCCGAGGAGAAGGCCGAGGUUCACCGACGACUCCAGGAGGACCGCUCGGCCCUCGCGGAUGAGUUCGACAUCAAGUACUUCUUCCACGCCAUUCGCGAUUGGAAGAUCUGGGUACACAUGUUCAUCACCAUUGGCAUCUACACGCCCCUGUACAGUUUUAGCCUGUUCCUUCCUACGAUUGUCGCUGGACUCGGCACCUACGACGCCAACACGGCCCAGCUCAUGACGGUGCCUCCAUAUGUCGCCGCCUGUAUCUGCUGCAUCACGGCCGGUGUUCUGUCCGACCGAUGGGGUUCUCGUGGCAUCUUCAUAAUUUUCUUCAACUGCAUCGCCAUCAUCGGCUUCAUCAUGCAGCUUGCCACGACGAACAACUCGGUCAAGUAUGCGGGCACCUUCUUCGCGGCUUGCGGCAUCUACCCCAACGUGCCCAUGGGUGUGGCCUGGAACGGCAACAACAUUGGUGGCUCGACCAAGCGCGGCGUCGGUAUCGCCAUGCACGUCGGUUUUGGCAACUUGGGCGGUGCGAUCGCCGCCUACAUUUACCAGGCUAAGCACAAGCCGCAGUACUACCCUGGCCACGGAACCCUCAUCGGCACUGAGACCAUGUCCGCCAUCCUCGCCAUUAUCAUGACCUUGUAUCUCCGCCGGGAGAACGCCAGACGCGAUCGCGAGUACAAGUCCCCAAGCGAGUACACUGAUGAGGAGAAGGCCGCGGAGCGCGAGGCUGGUGACAACGCCACAUUCUUCCGUUACACAGUCUAAAUGUUGAAAUGGCGGUUCCUGGACUCUCGGCGGUCCCGCGCGGUGGUGGGUGCUAUCAUCAGAGAUGCAAAUGGAAGAGAAGUGCCUGCCGCGAAUCAAUGCGUGGGAUGCGAAGCCUAAGCCGGGCGGCUUCGCUUGAAGCCGGGUCAAGGAGAUUAGGUUGUAGUCCUUGACUAUCAAUAUAUGAAUCAUGCCGACGGAUGCCGUACCAU